GUUUCAGAAAGAUACAAACAGCAAAAUGAACAAUCCAGCUAUUAAGAGAAUAACAAAUGAAAUUAUCAAAUCACCUGAGGAUAAACGAGAAUAUCGUGGACUGGAAUUGGCAAACGGCAUUAAAGCUCUUCUCAUUAGUGACUCCACCACAGAUAAGUCUUCAGCAGCACUUGAUGUGCAUAUAGGAUCCUUGUCUGAUCCCCCCAACAUUGCUGGGCUUAGUCAUUUUUGUGAGCAUAUGCUGUUCCUGGGAACCAAGAAGUACCCAAAAGAGAAUGAAUAUAGCCAAUUUCUUAGUGAGCAUGCAGGGAGCUCAAAUGCUUUCACAAGUGGAGAACAUACCAACUAUUACUUCGAUGUGUCACACGAACACCUAGAAGGUGCACUAGACAGAUUUGCCCAGUUUUUCUUGUGCCCUUUGUUUGAUGAAAGCUGCAAAGACAGGGAAGUGAAUGCUGUUGAUUCUGAGCAUGAGAAGAAUCUGAUGAAUGAUGCCUGGAGGUUGUUUCAAUUGGAGAAGGCUACUGGAAACCCCAAUCAUCCCUUCAGUAAAUUUGGAACAGGGAACAAACUCACUCUGGAAACUAGACCAACCAAAGAAGGAAUAGAUGUAAGACAAGAGCUACUGAAGUUCCAUUCUACUUACUAUUCGUCAAAUUUAAUGGCUAUUUGUGUCUUAGGAAGAGAGUCUUUGGAUGAGCUGACUUGCUUAGUGGUAAAAUUAUUUUCAGAAGUAGAGAAUAAAAAUGUCCCUAUACCAGAGUUUCCUGAACAUCCUUUCCAAGAAGAACAUCUCCGGCAACUUUACAAAGUGGUACCUAUUAAGGACAUUAGAAAUCUUUAUGUCACAUUUCCUAUACCAGACCUUCAGAAGUACUAUAAAUCAAACCCUGGCAAUUACCUUGGUCAUCUGAUUGGGCAUGAAGGGCCUGGGAGUCUUUUAUCAGAGCUUAAAGCCAAAGGAUGGGUAAAUACUCUUGUUGGAGGACAGAAGGAAGGUGCUAGAGGUUUCAUGUUUUUCAUCAUUAAUGUGGACUUGACAGAGGAAGGACUUUUGCACGUUGAAGAUAUUAUUUUGCACAUGUUUCAGUAUAUACAAAAACUCCGUACGGAAGGACCUCAAGAAUGGGUUUUCCAAGAGUGCAAGGAUCUAAAUGCUGUGGCAUUCAGAUUUAAAGAUAAGGAGCGACCACGAGGUUAUACAUCAAAGCUUGGAGGAAUGUUGCAUUAUUAUCCUAUAGAAGAAGUAUUGGCUGCUGAGUAUUUGCUUGAAGAAUUCAGGCCUGAUUUAAUAGAGAUGGUACUGGAUAAAUUGAGACCAGAAAAUGUUCGAGUUGCAAUAGUCUCCAAGUCUUUUGAAGGACAAACUGAUCGAACAGAAGACUGGUAUGGAACACAGUACAAGCAAGAAGCGAUUUCUGAUGAAGUUAUUAAGAAAUGGCAGAAUGCUGACCUGAAUGGGAAGUUCAAACUUCCGAUGAAGAACGAGUUCAUUCCUACUAACUUUGAGAUUUUGCCACUGGAGAAAGAUGCAACACAGUACCCUGCCCUUGUCAAGGACACUGCUAUGAGCAAACUGUGGUUCAAGCAAGAUGACAAAUUUUUUUUGCCAAAAGCCUGUCUCAACUUUGAAUUUUUCAGUCGCUACAUUUAUGCUGAUCCUCUCCAUUGCAACAUGACAUACCUGUUUAUCAGGUUAUUGAAGGAUGAUUUAAAAGAGUAUACAUAUGCAGCACGCCUCUCAGGUUUGAUCUAUGGCAUUGCAUCAGGAAUGAAUGCAAUACUUCUUUCUGUAAAAGGUUAUAAUGACAAGCAACAUAUCUUGCUCAAGAAGAUCAUUGAGAAAAUGGCUACUUUUGAGAUUGAUGAGAAACGAUUUGAAAUUAUCAAGGAAGCGUACAUGAGAUCGCUUAACAACUUCAGGGCUGAACAGCCUCACCAGCAUGCAAUGUAUUAUCUCAGACUCCUGAUGACAGAAGUUGCUUGGACCAAAGAUGAAUUAAAAGAAGCUCUAGAUGAUGUCACUCUUCCCCGCCUCAAGGCCUUUAUAGCUCAACUGUUGUCACGGUUACACAUUGAAGCUCUUCUCCAUGGCAAUAUAACCAAACAGGCUGCAUUAGGAAUUAUGCAGAUGGUUGAGGACACUCUCAUCGAGCAUGCUCAUACAAAGCCACUCCUUCCCAGUCAGCUAGUGAGAUACAGAGAAGUGCAGCUUCCUGACAGAGGCUGGUUUGUAUAUCAACAGAGAAAUGAAGUGCAUAACAAUUGUGGCAUUGAAAUAUAUUACCAGACAGACAUGCAGAGCACUUCUGAGAAUAUGUUUUUGGAGCUCUUUUGUCAAAUCAUCUCAGAACCGUGCUUCAAUACUCUGCGCACUAAGGAACAGUUAGGUUACAUUGUGUUCAGUGGUCCACGUCGGGCCAAUGGCAUACAAGGACUGCGAUUUAUUAUCCAAUCUGAAAAGCCACCACAUUAUUUAGAAAGCAGAGUAGAAGCAUUCUUGAAAACUAUGGAGAAAUGCAUAGAAGAUAUGACAGAAGAGGCCUUCCAAAAACACAUCCAAGCUUUAGCAAUUCGUCGUCUAGACAAACCAAAGAAGCUGUCUGCUGAAUGUGCUAAAUACUGGGGAGAGAUCAUUUCCCAGCAGUAUAACUUUGACAGAGAUAAUAUUGAAGUGGCUUAUCUAAAGACUAUGACCAAGGAUGAUAUUAUACAGUUUUACAAGGUGCUGCUGGCAGUAGAUGCUCCCAGAAGACACAAGGUAUCAGUACAUGUCCUUGCAAGGGAAAUGGAUUCCUGCCCUGUUGUUGGAGAAUUUCCAUGCCAAAAUGAUGUGAACCUGGCACCAGCACCACCACUACCACAGCCAAGUGUGAUUGAAAAUAUGACAGAAUUCAAGCGCAGUCUGCCA